CGUGUGCAAAGAACGGUUCUUCAGGUUUGCUUUCCUCUCUGCCUGAUGGCAUUAUUUCUUGAACCUUUUCCAUGUACAUUACUAGACAUCAUUAAACUGAGGUUUCUGUGGCCACAUGGCGCUGCGUUGGCUGAACGUGCUGUAGUCGGGGAACCGAUCAUCGAUCGAGGGCUCCCUGUGGGCUGGGCGCCGGCUCUGCAGUGGACAGGCUCCAGGUGGAGCGAUGGGUUGUGGCAGGUCACCGCACACAAGAGAGCCCGUUCUUGGUCCUGACAGAGUUCUCCUUUUAGUCCCGUUUUUCUGGGGUUCGAGGGCCUCUUGCUGAUUUUACUCAGAUCUCUGUCAUCCACGAUCAUUCCAGCUUUCUGAACUUAGUCGCUAGCAGUAAACCCAAGGAACUGGUGAUUCCACAUCCUUCCCCCACGAGCCUCCACCAAAAUAAAAGACCUUUUGGGCCACAGACAGAACAGCGGCCACCCGGUGGGGCCAACUCAGCCCACCCAGAGAGGUGGAGUGGCUCAGAUUCCUAAGAUGAGGAUUCCUGGGGAUUUGAAUUGUGAAAUAUGGAAGAAGUCAGACACCUGGGGCUGAGAGGAGAGGCUGAGAAGAUGGGAGCUAGAGAGAGUCUGGAGGGACUGCGACCAAUCCCUGGAGGGCUGCAGGGAAGAAUGGACCAGAGCAGCAGCGCUGCAGGGGCAAGAGGCAGGAGAGUCAGUCCCGCAGAGGCAGAGCCGGGGCUGGGAAUGAGGAGCAGGAGGGAGCACUCUCCCCUCCCUCCCCCAGCUCCUCCCUCUCUCCUCCUCCCUCCGCUCAGGAGCCUCUUCUGUUCCACCCCACCCUCGAGUGGAGAGGUCCAGGGCAGGUGGGGCAGGUUAUGUGCAGACCUCAGGGCAGCAGAUGUAUGCUUGCUGUCCAGGGUGGUGGAGAAGGAUGACCUAUCCAAAAGCCCUGCUUUGUGAAAUUAUUAUUGUUUGAAAGCAGGCAGGAAGAUGGAAAUGGGAGGGAUAUUGUGGGCUGUCUCAGGAGCCCAGCACUGAGCCCUCCUGCAGGCCGUGAAGGGAGAGAGUGUGUGCAGGAGACUGGACGCCUGGCUUGCAGUGGGAAAGCGGGGUCUCUGGGCUUCACAUGUGCUGCUCUGUAAGUGGUGGCCCCGUCCAGUGAGGCAACAGUGAGACCACGGAUGGCACCCUAGUCGGUGAGCAAGGGCCCCUAGUGCACCUGCAGGACAUGUGGGGGAUGAGCAGGUGGUCCCUGCCCCUGGCCUCCUUCCACGGGGCUCGCCUGUCUACCUGUUACUAGCUCUAUCCUUCGUGCAAGGCUGGGAGGGUUUAAUUUGGAAUUUAAUAUUUCUUACUUAGCAAAGCAAACUCUGUAUGAAUCUUUAACCCUUGGGGGGGACCCUCUGUGGUCCCAUAAGUUCUGGGAGUCCCCAGGCUGUGUGUCAGGACCCCAGGAAACAGGCAGAUGCGGCUGUAUCAGGUUGGAGAGGCCCCAGAAAGUCACUGGGAAGGGGGGCUGUGGAACUGUUUGUGGCUCCUGGUUUCCUUUUCUGUUGCAUUUUGUGCUGUGGGAUGGGGGCCUGGACCACCAAAGGUCAGAGGGUUCAGACAGAGGGGUCUCUACCUCAGGGGUCCAGACAGGGAGAGGCCUCGCAGGAGGCAGGGGUGGGCCCUUCUCCCUGUCCACGUGGCCCCGGCUCAGGGCCUGAGGGUAAAGGAGAACUCGGGUCCUUGUGAAAGAUGUUUCCAGGGGACGAGCUGGUGACGGAGGGUCAGCACCGAGGGGAUUAACUGGCUCUGAUUUGGAAGCUCCGGGGUGUGUCCCGCUCACCGCUGGGCUGGGCUGUCAUCAGGCCAUGUGUCAGCUGGAGCUCUGUGACCCCAGGACCUCCCAGCCCGUAGAGCAGCCUUGGUGUGAGCUCGGACCACCCACCCCCUCUGCCCUGGGGUGGAGGAUGCUCCCGGGCCUCACACUGCAUGGGACGGGCUGGCCCUGCCCAUCCUUAAACUGUUUUGUUUGAGUCACAGGACAGAAAUAAAUAAACAGGCCAAAAAGGAUGACUGUGACACAGCCAGGGUUUGUGCACUGUCGCGAAGCCCAGCAAGGGCCCAUCUGCAACGCUGGGCAGAUGUUUGCAGAAAACGCGGUCUUUGCCUGCCCGAAGCCUGUCAAGUGGACACGCCCCACACAUCUUUCCCUCCCAGUGUGGAAUUUGCCAAACCUUGGUGCAGGAGAAGAGUCCUUCCCGUCUGAAGCUGCACAACGCGUCACGCAGGAAGUCAUUGUGAUAUACAGCAUGUUAAUUACAGAGUCGCUUCCUUUUCUGUUCUUUUUGAAGCAGCAAUUCUUUUUUGUUUUAUUUUGUUUUUAAUCUCUGGGGUUUUUUUAAUUUCUUUAAAAAAAAUUUUUUUAUCUUUUAUUUUGAGGGGAGGUAAUUGGGUUUAUUUAUUUAUUUAUUUACUUACUUACUUACUUACUAACUUAAUGGAGGUGCUGGCGAUUGAACCCAGGACUUCAUGCAGGCUAAGCACGCACUUUACUGCUGAGCUAUACCCUCCCCUGAAGCAGCAAUUUCUUGAGCUCCACUCGUGUACAAGGCUGGCUGUGCUGGAUGGUGUCCAGCCCACGACCCCACGCAUCAGCACGGGGAGGGCACUCAGAAACCCACACAUCUGCCCGGAGGACUGUCUCCGCACGGGGCCUGGGACUCUGCAUUGAGAACACUCUCCAUGUGAUUCUCAUGUUCCCUGACAUUUGAAAGGCCCCGCCCCAGAUGCCUUGCUUCUGCCUUCUCUCUGGGGUUGGGUUCUAGAAGUGGCCAAGGAGGUCCUGGCCUCGAAGACCUCGGCUCAGGAUCCCAAGGGAGCCCACGUGAUGAGUCAGGACCUCACAGCUGUAUGUGCGCCCUUCAAAAGUGACAGCUAGACUUUUGCAUCUUAGAAGAGGCUGUCACUCAUUCGGGUUAAGGACACCGAGGACCAAGCGGACAGUGUGCCAUGGUGGCCACCAGGGGGCUAGGGGCUGUGCCCCUGGACAGGGCUAUGCGCACCACCCACGGUCUGUGUCAGACCUGCGAGGCUCAGCUUGUGGCUGAGGCACCUGCACCCCAGAGUUCUCAGGGGCUGUGGUCUCACGCCAUCUACUGGGGCAACCAUGGGCCAUUUCCAGCAGGGACGGUGCAGUGUUGCCCUGGGUGCCUGACUACCACCACCUCCAGAGAAUCAGUGUCUAAAAGGUGACAGUGACUAGGAAGAGGCUCUCCUGGCCGAGGCCCCGGUGCACGGAGAGGCGGAACCAGAAAUCUCCUAAUUGGUACCACAUACAUCAGGUCAGAUAAGUUUCUUAUUUUCCAGCCUCACCAACCAAAAAAUUACACCCAAGUCGGAACCAUGUGCAAGCUGGCACUGCAUCCAUGCAUGUCUCCAGGUUCACAGACCUCACUGCCUCACUCCUCCGUCCUCGUGGUCUGGACCUUAGAUGAGCUUAUCUCCCCAGGUCUCAUAGGGGCUCAGGGAGGAUACACAGCAUGUCACAGCUCAUCACAGUGGCAGCACUGGGGCUGGGAUUAGACCAGAUUUCUGACUCUGAAGCAGCAGCAGUCAGCACAGACCCAGCCCUGUGUGCAGAGGGAGCCCCUCCAAGUGCUCGUCUUGAAGAAAGGAACGGGAGACAUGCGUGGGAUUCUAACUCACCCUACCACCUGUAAAAUUAACUCCACACAUGCUAGUAUAAAGGUUCCCAUCAUUCUCUACUUAGCUCACUUUCUGUAAAGGUCCAGACAGUAAAUAUGAUCUCCAUUUUAACUGCUCAGCUCAGCUGCUUGGGAAAGUGACCACCCACCAGACAACCGUGAUGGAUGUGGCUGGGUUCCAGGACAGCGUCAUUCACGAUGUCAGGUGGUGGACCCACACGUGGCCCACGGGCCAUCAUCUGGGAGCCCCAAAUGAUGGAGGCAGAAGGAUGCACUUGUGUUUCAUCAGGCAUGACCAGGUUACCACCAGUGGCCCAGCGCUGGUUCACUGGUGGGAGUCACCCUCACUUGCCACGUGCUGGGUGCUUCUCCCCAGCAAUUGGCUGGCACAGCCCACCUGUGCUUAGGCUGUAAGAUGCCCUUUUAUCCCUCUAGCUGGGAUUAUUCUGCCUCGGAAAUCAGAAGUCUUUAUGGAUUUUGUUGGACUGUUGUUGGGAGUAUGACAGCUCUGGGAAAGACGGCAUUGUCUUCAGCAAGUAUAGUUGCUCAGCCAACUCUGGAUGGAUGUGGAGUCUUUCUGAAGAGCCCAGUGAGCGAUGGAUGGUUUCUAGCCUGCUCCCAAACCCCACCUCAGCGGAGUGCUGGGCGGCCCUUCUACAUGAUCCUAUGAUUCUUGAUAUGGACGCGGUCCUGUCAGACUUUGUUCGGUCCACGGGGGCAGAACCUGGUCUGGCCAGAGACCUGCUGGAAGGCAAAAACUGGGACCUGACGGCCGCUCUGAGUGACUAUGAGCAGCUCCGACAGGUGCACACAGCCAACCUGCCACCUGUUUUCAAUGAGGGCAGGUGCCCCAAGCAGCCGGAGCGAGAGCCGCCCCCUCCCGGGCACACGGCGGACCGGCCCUGCCUGCCCCGGCAGGAGGACAUCGCCCAAGAGAAGCGGCUGUCCCGCGGCAUUUCCCACGCCAGCUCGGCCAUCGUCUCUCUGGCCCGGUCGCACGUGGCGAGCGAAUGCAACAACGAGCAGUUCCCCCUGGAGAUGCCCAUCUACACGUUCCAGCUGCCGGACCUAAGCGUGUACAGUGAGGAUUUCCGGAGCUUUAUCGAGCGGGACUUGAUCGAGCAGGCGACGAUGGUGGCUCUGGAGCAGGCCGGUCGCCUGAAUUGGUGGUCCACUGUGUGCACAAGCUGUAAACGGCUUCUUCCCUUGGCCACGACGGGGGAUGGGAACUGCCUUCUACACGCUGCCUCACUGGGAAUGUGGGGUUUUCAUGACCGGGACCUAGUUUUGCGGAAAGCUCUCUACACCAUGAUGAGGACAGGGGCCGAAAGGGAAGCCCUGAAGCGGAGGUGGAGGUGGCAGCAGACGCAGCAGAACAAGGAGUCAGGGCUGGUGUACACCGAGGAGGAGUGGGAGCGGGAGUGGACGGAGCUGCUGAAACUGGCCUCCAGCGAGCCGCGCACGCACUUCAGCAAGAACGGCGGCACCGGCGGCGGCGUGGACAACUCCGAGGACCCCGUGUAUGAGAGUCUGGAGGAGUUCCAUGUCUUCGUCCUGGCCCACAUAUUAAGAAGACCCAUUGUCGUGGUAGCAGAUACGAUGCUGAGGGACUCGGGCGGAGAAGCGUUUGCUCCGAUCCCAUUUGGAGGGAUUUACCUGCCCUUGGAGGUGCCUCCCAACAGAUGCCACUGCUCACCUCUGGUUCUUGCCUAUGACCAAGCGCAUUUCUCUGCCCUGGUGUCCAUGGAGCAGAGAGAUCAGCAGAGAGAACAAGCCGUGAUCCCCCUGACGGAUUCGGAGCACAAGCUGCUGCCUCUGCACUUUGCGGUGGACCCCGGGAAGGCCUGGGAGUGGGGAAGAGACGACAAUGACAAUGCCCGGCUGGCCCACCUGAUCCUGUCGCUGGAAGCCAAGCUGAACCUUCUGCACAGCUACAUGAAUGUGACGUGGAUCCGGAUCCCCUCCGAGACCCGGGCCCCUCUGGCGCAGCCUGAGUCCCCGACGGCCUCGGCGGGAGAGGACGUGCAGUCCCUGGCCGACUCGCUGGACUCGGACCGAGACUCGGUGUGCAGCAACUCCAACAGCAAUAAUGGCAAGAGCGGCAAGGACAAGGACAAGGAGAAGCAGCGCAAGGACAAGGACAAGACCCGCGCGGACUCCGUGGCCAACAAGCUGGGCAGCCUCAGCAAGACGCUGGGCAUCAAGCUGAAGAAGAACAUGGGCGGCCUAGGCGGCCUGGUGCACGGCAAGAUGAGCCGCGCCAACUCCGCCAACGGCAAGCACGGCGACGCACCGGAGCGCGGCAAGGAGAGGAAGGCCAAGGCGCGCAAGGGCAGCAAGGAGGAGUCGGGCGCCUCGGCCAGCACGUCGCCAUCGGAGAAGACCACGCCGUCGCCCACGGACAAGGCGGCCGGCGCGUCGCCCGCCGACAAGGGCGGCGGGCCCCGGGGCGACUCCUGGAAGUACAGCACGGACGUGAAGCUGAGCCUGAACAUCCUGCGCGCCGCCAUGCAGGGCGAACGCAAGUUCAUCUUCGCCGGCCUGCUGCUCACCAGCCACCGGCACCAGUUCCACGAGGAGAUGAUCGGCUACUACCUGACCAGCGCGCAGGAGCGCUUCAGCGCGGAGCAGGAGCAGCGGCGCCGCGACGCCGCCGCCGCCGCCGCCGCCGCCUCCGCCUCCACGGUCAAGAGGCCGCCGCGCAGGCCGGACGCUGAAGUCGCGCCGGGCCCCGAGCGCGCCUCUCCGGGCCCGCCGGCCGGGCCGCCCACGCAGCUGGUGCUCAAGCUCAAGGAGCGCCCGAGCCCCGGGCCGGCGGCGGGCGCACGGGCGGCGCGGGCAGCGGCGGGCGGCGUGGCCUCCCCGGGCCCCGGCGGCGCGCGACGUGCGGGCGCCAGUGGACCGGCCCCCGGCCGGAGCCCGCCGGCGCCGGGGCGCCAGAGCAUCAUCCAUGUUCAGGCGGCGGGCGCGCGGGACGAGGCGUGCGCCCCGGCGGUGGGCGCGCUGCGGCCGUGCGCCACGUAUCCGCAGCAGAACCGCUCGCUGUCGUCGCAGAGCUAUAGCCCGGCGCGCGCCGCCGCCCUGCGCACCGUCAAUACGGUGGAGUCGCUGGCGCGCGCCGUCCCAGGGGCUCUGCCGGGGUCGGCGGGCGCGGCGGGCGCGGCCGAGCCCAAGUCGCAGACCUACACCAACGGCUUCGGCGCGGCGCGGGACAGCCUGGAGUUCGCCGACGCCGACGCGCCGGCCGCGCGCUCGAACGGUGAGGGCGGCCGGGGCGGCCCGGGCCCGGGGCCGGCGCAGCGGCGCUGCCAGCGCGAGAACUGCGCGUUCUACGGGCGCGCGGAGACCGAGCACUACUGCUCGUACUGCUACCGCGAGGAGCUGCGGCGGCGGCGCGAGGCGCGCGGGGCCCGGCCCUGAACGCGGCGCCGCGCGGCUACGGCCGUCGAGCGUCUCUUUCCCGUGCUGUCCGUGUCUCUUGGACGUGCCCUGGGCCACCGGAAGGCCGGCGACGCCGCUGUCCGUGCUGUGUACGUGUUUGGUCAAACGUUCCUAAUGGUGCCUGAACCUACACUGACGCCACUCAGGUAGUAGACGGAUAGGAAACAAGUCAUACUGUUGGAAGUGGGUGUGCUAGCUAGCAUCUGCCUCGUACCCGUGGAAACUCAAUAGCCAUUGCAAGAGUAUUUUUGUUCCUCGAUAAGAGAAAUAAAGAAAUUUGCAGCCCUUUGUUUUUAGAAGGGAGUGUUUUACAUGCCUUUUUUUUUUUUUUUUUUUUUUUUUUUUUUUCCCUAACCCAGCGACUGACCUCUUCCAUGUAGCGGUCACCUGCGUGCGAUCGGUGCCACCCAGGGUCGAGAAGCGAACGCGCGGCCCCGGGACCGCGGUGGCGACUUUGCCUCAGGCUUCCACCUACCGCCCCUCCCUGGUCCUCGGAGGACAGGAGGCGCUCUGCCUCCCCGUUGACGCCCUGGGGGUCCCCGUGACCCUUUAGGAAUCCGUGGCUCCAUCUCAUAAGCAAAACCUCCUCCCGCAGCCCCCGGCUCGAGCGACAUUCACACUGCCAUCCAAGCCGCGGGCGUCCGUAGGAUGUGCACCGGACAACCUACCUCGCAGGGCGCGGUGAGGUGGAGUGAUCGCUCCCGGUGCCGGGCAGCUCAGGUGACAGGAGUUUGUUCCAAAGACACCUGGGGUCCCAAAAGCAAGGUUCUGAACUCACAAUUUGGAGUUGCCCGUGGAGGAGCAAAGAUGACCGCCUGCGCGCAUUUCUCCUUUGAAGACACUUCCACAGUGACCUGUCGCCGGAGGGCCCCUAGGCAGCGACCUUCGGUGCCCCAGGAGAGAGACGAGGAGUUGACCCUGUGGUCACUGUGUCAGCCCCCACUAGGCGGCUUUGGAACCUGGCUUGCACCUCUUUCCAGAGGGAGAGGGCUGGGGCGGGGGCGGAAGGAAGCCCAUCCCCACCUCCACCCGCAUCUGUCUGGGAUCAGCCAGGUGAAGGGGCGCCACUCCAUCGGGGUCCCCUCCUCAGGGUGGGGGAAACUCUGACUGGCUGCAUAACACGUUAGGGGGCAGCCCCAUCCUUGAGCGGUCCCUAUUUUGGUGCCUCCUUACAUUUCUUGAGGAAAUUUUAAAAAAUGUGUCCUUAGCUCCCCUGUUUUGAGCAGCAAUAUGCAGCCUCUUCCUUCCAAGAUUACCUCUGGAGAAAACCAUUCUUGGCCAAGGACACUGAGGAGUUAAAUCUGCCUCACUAAGUGAAGAUCUUGUUUCCAAGAAAUACAGAUAAGAUGGAUAAAAUCCUCACUAGCAAAAGAAUCCUUUAAAACCUGUGAGAGCCUUAGAAUAGCCUCUAAUAAUCCCAAGAAAGAGGACAAAGCACCCAGCUUUGCUGCGGGUGUAUCUUCAGAAAACACAGGAGGUAGACCAUCUCUUCUUUGGAGCCAGCUUCCCCUUCUCCAGAAAGGAUGCUUCCCCCCACCCCAC